CGCAGACCGCCUGCCAGGCAUCUGGAUGCUCUGCGUUUAUUUCUGGAGGCGCUUCUUUUCGCUCAAUCGCCCCCAACAGGUGGAUUAAGUCGACUGGGCAAAAGCAUAGGUGAAAAUUAGCCAUGGGGAAAAACUGAGGAACAGCAAAAGCAGAUGCGAUCUGGCGGGGAAACUUGCACGGUGUUUGCUCAUUUUCGACUCCAGGAUUUAUUGCGCGGUGAGCUGAAUGCGGUGUUUUCCUUUGCGUAAGACCGAAUGGAAAUCGUGAUCAAAACCGACCGAAACGGAAUGAACAGUUGGACAGCGAUCAAGUGUCCAAAAACAAGAGUGGAGAAUGCAGACUAGGCAGAGAAAACAAGAAAAAGACGAACUGGCGUCUCAAGGCACAAACAUAUCAACAAGCAAGGUCUGCAUUUAGAUCCACACUGCUGGUUCACAUCUGGGGGGGAAACAAAAUUCAUGAAGUUAAGCUGAUUUUCUUUUCCAUGCUAUUUGCAAAGGACGAACGUGGAUCUCCAUGAGCCAAGUUCCAAUGCUCAACAUCCCAAAGCCUGGCAGCAGCUGUAGCAGUGUUAGCAGGGUGCUGGUAAGCUGAAGCCCGGGGAGAUGUCACAGCUGUACUACCGGCGGACUGACAGCUCUUCAUACCGGGAUCGCAUCCCGCUGAGAAUUGUGCGGGCCGAGUCGGAGCUGUCUCCUUUGGAAAAAGCCUACCUUGGAGCUGUGGAGAAAGGGGACUAUGCUAGCGUAAAGCAAGCUCUGGAGGAAGCAGAAAUCUACUUCAAGAUCAACAUCAACUGCAUUGACCCUCUUGGACGCACAGCUCUGCUGAUUGCCAUUGAGAACGAGAACCUGGAAAUCAUUGAGCUUCUGCUGAGCUUCAACGUCUAUGUUGGCGAUGCCCUUCUGCACGCCAUUCGCAAGGAAGUGGUGGGAGCCGUAGAGCUGCUGCUCAAUCACAAGAAGCCAAGUGGAGGCAUGCAGGUCCCACCUAUCUUAUUGGACAAGCAAUACUCUGACUUCACCCCUGACAUCACUCCCAUCAUCCUUGCUGCACACACCAACAACUAUGAAAUUAUUAAGCUUCUGGUGCAGAAAGGUGUGUCUAUGCCACAGCCACAUGAGGUGCGCUGCAACUGUGUGGAGUGUGUGUCUAGUUCAGACGUGGACAGCUUGCGGCACUCGCGCUCUCGCCUCAACAUCUACAAAGCACUGUCGAGUCCCUCGCUAAUUGCACUCUCUAGUGAAGACCCUUUUCUGACCGCAUUCAGGCUCAGCUGGGAGCUCCAGGAGCUCAGCAAGGUGGAAAAUGAAUUCAAAUCUGAGUAUGAGGAGCUGUCUCAGCAAUGCAAACAGUUUGCUAAGGAUCUCCUGGAUCAAACAAGGAGCUCCAGAGAGCUGGAGAUGAUCCUCAAUUACAGAGAUGACAUCAACUUAUUGGAAGAGGAGGGCAACAAUGACCUGGCAAGACUCAAACUAGCGAUCAAGUACCACCAAAAAGAGUUUGUAGCUCAGCCAAACUGUCAGCAGCUUUUGGCAUCCAGAUGGUACGAUGAGUUCCCUGGAUGGAGGCGGCGCCACUGGGCAGGAAAAUUCAUCACUUGUGUCUUCAUCGGCCUGCUUUACCCUGUAUUUGCUCUCUGUUACCUCAUUGCUCCAAAGAGUCGCUAUGGCCUGUUCAUCCGCAAGCCCUUCAUCAAGUUUAUCUGCCACACAGCAUCCUACCUUACCUUUCUGUUCCUGCUGCUCCUCGCCUCCCAGCACAUUGUCACCACAGAACAGGACAGGCAGGGCCCUGCACCAACCACUGUGGAGUGGAUGAUACUGCCAUGGGUGCUGGGGUUCAUCUGGGCAGAGAUCAAGCAAAUGUGGGACGGUGGCUUCCAAGACUACGUCCAUGACUGGUGGAAUCUGAUGGACUUUGUCAUGAAUUCACUAUACUUAGCCACUAUCUCCCUCAAGAUUGUAGCUUACACCAAGUACAGUGGCAGUAAACCGAGGAACCAAUGGGAAAUGUGGCACCCUACCCUUGUAGCUGAGGCAGUGUUUGCCAUUGCUAAUAUAUUCAGUUCCCUGCGCCUCAUCUCGCUCUUCACUGCCAACUCUCAUUUGGGGCCACUGCAGAUCUCUCUUGGGCGAAUGCUGCUGGACAUCCUGAAGUUCCUCUUCAUUUACUGUCUGGUUCUCCUUGCUUUUGCUAAUGGACUGAACCAGCUGUACUUCUACUAUGAGACAAAGGCUUCAGAUGAGAAAGGAAAAUGCAAGGGGAUCCGCUGUGUUGAGCAGAAUAAUGCUUUCUCCACGUUAUUUGAGACUUUACAGUCUUUGUUCUGGUCCAUCUUUGGACUGAUCAGCCUCUAUGUGACCAAUGUGGAUGCAGAUCACCAGUUCACUGAGUUUGUCGGUGCCACCAUGUUUGGCACGUAUAAUAUCAUCUCGCUGGUGGUGCUGCUGAACAUGCUCAUAGCCAUGAUGAACAACUCCUAUCAACAUAUUGCUGAUCAUGCAGACAUUGAGUGGAAGUUCGCCAGGACAAAGCUGUGGAUGAGUUACUUCGAGGAAGGAGCCACUCUACCAGCGCCUUUCAACAUUAUUCCCAGUCCCAAAUCAUUCUUGUACCUAAUGUGCUGGAUAAAGAGACAAGUGUGUAAGAGGACACGAUCCAAGCGCCAUGAAACUAUUGGAACUCUUGGUAGGCGAGCAGCAGAGAAUCUGAGGAUAAACCAUCAAUAUCAGGAGGUUGUAAGGAACCUUGUGAAGCGUUACGUGGCUGCUAUGAUCAGAGAUGCCAAGACAGAGGAAGGCCUGACUGAAGAGAACUUCAAGGAGCUGAAGCAAGACAUCUCCAGUUUCCGUUACGAGGUGAUGGGUAUGAUGAAGACAGGAAAGCCUGCUCUACAGGGAGCAAUAGCGAGCAGCAGCUCAGUGGAAUCCACGCUUGCUUAUCCUAACUCUUCACUCAAGAUUUCUCCCUGCCCUUCUAGUAGCCAGGUGAAAAGCAAACUCAACCGAUUCAAGAUCACCACAUCCAUCUUAAAGCAAAGUAGCUCUUCAUCUUCAACCAGGCCCCCUGAGGCCUUCAAUGGUCUACCUAAUGGACUCUUAUCCUUGGCCUCAGAUGAGAGUUGCAGUGAAACUUCCAGCCAGUGGAGAAACUAUUCCAAAGACAACAGUGACCCUGGCUCACUCCAGAAACACCUCUGGAGUAGCAAAGAAGUCACAUCUGGAGUGGAGAAAAUUUCAAGGGAGAUGUACUCUUUGUCAGAAGAGGCAGGGGAGUCUAUGGACUCAGAUUCAGAGAAGCAGCACAAAGAGCUUGUAGGUGGAGCCAAGGUUGAGACACAACUACCGGGGAUAAAAGAGAAAGAAGAGUCUCCAGAAAGCAUGGAGAAGUCAAACAACAGCUGCAGCUCUGAGCAGGAUGCCGAACAACAAACUGUUGAGGGUGAUAAAGAUUCACCAUGCACUGAUUUAGUAGAUGAUGGAUGUUUGUCAGGGUCAGCCAGAGAAGAUGCAUGAAAUGUGAUGAUACAUGAACAGGCCUGCAGCCAAAAAUUGGACUGAUGACCGAGGGAUUGACAAUCAAGAGUUCCACGAGAGACAUGUUUUCCCACAUGUUAAAAAGAGUCAAACUUUUCCAGUUGUUAAAUUAAUGGUCAGCUUUGAUCGCUGGAGACUCAGGGAGGCUUUUGGUUUAACUGAAUUAAAUCAGCAGAGGAAAUGCAGCAAAGGUGAUGAAGUUCUGUGUAAGCAUGAAAAGGAUAAACUUUUUAAAAUAAGAUCAUUUUAUCUUACCUCUUCUCCACAGAUGACUGGAAAAUAACUAUUUGCUUAUAUUAAUAUUUCUGUUAAAUCAUUCUUUUCCUUAUCUAACGUGAAUUUCUACUUAAAUAAUCCUGAUGUUUACCACCUCCUUGAUAAGUCUUGCUACCUCUUUUCCUUUCCCAUUUAUCUCUAUACCACUUUAGCUCACCCCAUCCUUAUCUCACUAGAGCAAUAGAUGUGUAGUUUCUGACCUGACUUUCUGCCUUACACUGUCUGUUUCUGCACUUUACACACUUUAAAAUGACAUUCAGUCUCUUAAAGAUGUGUCAACUUAUCAUCACGCAGCAAUUUUGUCAAUGUUUUUCUAUGCAAAAACCCUGGAUCGUGAUCCUCGUCAUUCUAACGAAUCCGACUGUACAUUUAGUUCCGACAGCUCAUGACAAAUGGUUUGUGGAGUAUGGCUGAACUUUGAGAGAUACACAGUUUGAACGCAGCCUAUCGACCAUUUCAAGCUACACAGUAUUCAUGUUUUAUCACUCCUGCAGAAAAUUAACUUGUUAAUUUGGUCAGAUUUGCUAGUUUUAAGAUGUAAUGUUUGAAUUUAUGACCAAUACAGAAUAAAACAAAAAAUAAAACAUUUUAUGUUUUUUAAUUUUGUUGUAUUUGAUAUUUAAGUAUUUAACUGUUAUUAGACAAACAUUUAAAAUAUGUAAAAUUUCUGGAAUUGUCUGUACAUAAUGAUCUCUGCCACAUUAUUUAAUGUAACUUUUUGGACCUGCACAGAUAGCCACAAAAAGUGAGAAAGUAACUCAUUUAAUUUUGCAGUAUGUCACAAAACUAGUUCCCCGUUAACCAAAUACAUUUCUGCCCCAUGAGUAAAAUAACUGGUAUAUGAAAUUUCUAAAUAGCUUUUUAGAGCCCAAAUUUGCUCAGUAGUUUAGGAAACUGUAAAAUGUGCCUAUCUUGUAUAAAAAUGAAGGCUGUCAAAUUACAAAUUUUUUAAAUCAGAUUAAUCACAGCUUUCAAAUGAAUUAAGAAUAAUCACCACAUGAGACUGUGCCUGAAAUUUGCCAGUUUUUGCUGUAUUAUCAGAACGAGCCAAUGCAACAAAUAUUUAGUUAACAGACCUUCCCUUUGGUAAACAUCGGAUGUACAAAGGUCAGUAAAUCCAGCAUAUAAUGUACUAUAUAUGUUGUUCUAAAUCAUCUCUACCAUGUUCUAGAUCAUAAUUCAGAAUUCAUAUAUCAUCAUCUCACCAACCAUGUUGAAAAUUUCUGUCAUGAAACCACCAGAUGUGACUGAACACUGAUGAAGAAAAUAAAAGUCCUACAGCAGCAUCACCCAACAUAAACAGCUGUUGAUAAAAGGAUCAUUGAUUCAUUUUUUACCU